AUGAAGUUAUUCGUAUUUCUGAUCUUUGCUGUAGCAACAGCCACCGCUGUCCCCACCGGAGCAAAGAAACCUUUGCGGGUGAUGGAUAUGCCCAAGCAGGGCAGCAUCGAAGGUCGUAUUACAAAUGGCUAUCCAGCAUAUGAGGGCAAGGUACCCUAUAUUGUGGGCCUGAGCUUCAACGGCGGCUGGUGGUGCGGUGGUUCAAUUAUUGGCCACACCUGGGUCCUGACUGCCGGCCACUGCAUUAAAGAUGGCUCCGGCGUAACCAUCUACUAUGGUGCCAGCUUCCGUCAUGAGGCUCAGUUCACCCACUGGGUCAGCGGCAACGACCAGAUCCGUCAUCCCCACUACAAUGAUCAGCUGAACAACGAUAUUGCCCUUAUCCGUACACCUCAUGUCGACUUCUGGCACUUGGUCAAUAAAGUUGAGCUUCCCAGCUACAACGAUCGCUACAAUAACUAUAAUGGCUGGUGGGCUGUGGCCUCUGGCUGGGGACACACCUCCAAUGACAGCGGCAUGCACAACUAUCUGAACUGCGUGGAUGUCCAGAUCAUCAGCAACGACGAGUGCCGCAACGUCUAUGGCGGUGGCUACGUGAUCGACAACACCAUCUGCAUCAACACAUCUGGCGGCAAGUCCACCUGCAGCGGCGACUCUGGCGGCCCAUUGGUUACACACGACGGCAACCGAAUUGUGGGCAUUACAUCCUUUGGUCAUUGGGACGGCUGCACUGCCGGCCAACCCGCUGGCUUCACUCGCGUCACUGGCUACCUGGACUGGAUUCGUGACAAUACUGGUAUCUCCUACUAAAUGGAAUACUUUUAAAUAAUAAAUAUUGAAAGCUUAUGGCAAAAAAAAAAAAAAAAAACAUUAGCAUCGAUAUUUGGGAAGUGGAUUGAUAUAGAUUUAAGUAUAGCCCCUUAAGAUUUUCUGUUAUAGAGUGUUCCCAGCUUGCACUUAAUGUCUAUGAGCAUCAGUGGAUUUACUAUCAUGCCCAUCUUAAUAUAAGCAAGUACCACUUAAAAGUUCAA